AUGGAACUGGUCGAAGUUUGUACCCAAAAAAAAUAUAAUUCACCUCCUUCUUAUCCUCCCAAUUUAUCUUUACACACAAAAAACCAGACUCAAAAAUGUAUAAAAAAAUACAUCCAACCCCCUAAAGUAUUAUCAUUUGCUCCAAAAAAAAUCUAUUGGCCUCCAUCAGCUCGCUUCGAUGCUCAUACAACCUAUUAUGAAUCUUUUCUAAAAAAUAAUACCCACUUUAUCCGACCAAAAGCCUUCCGAACUCCAGAAAGUAUAAAUAUAUCUAACGCAAAGUUUGAAGAUGGUACAACACAUAAAUUAGCUUAUCAACCAGUUUGGGAAGUCGUUAAAGCCAAGCCCAUUAUACCAUCACGCAGAAAGUUGGUGUCUCAUGGACCCUUUGAAACGACAACAACCAAUCGUGUUGACUUUAUACCCAAGUACGUUGAAAAACCGGAAAUAGUAAUUCCAUGUGGCAAUAUUCGAACUUCCAAUGCACCUCUGGAUGGUACUACAACUUCAGGGAUUUCUUACAUCCAUCCAGGAAUUUUCAAACCAUCAGAAAGCUUUAAACCUCGUAUAAAAUAUAUCCCUCCUGAAGAACCAGCAGUCAAGGAAACUACACAUAAGCUUAGCUAUCAGCCAUUACCAAUUGGAGUAAGAGAAAAAUAUCCUUGGGCUGAAAAACACAUUUAUAAGCCACCUGAAGCUUCAAUAGAAGCUUCAACAACAUAUUCAGAAAACUUUAUUGAAAUCGAUAAACCUCUGAAGGAGAAACCAAUUAUUCCAUCUAGCAAUACAGAUUGGUGGCAAGGGAACAGAGAAUUUAUUGGAGUUUCCUGCUACAAUCAAGACUUUAUUCCUAGGCCACCUGAGCCAGUAAUAAUUAAAAUUCCUGAUGGAAAUAUAAGAUUAUCUGAUAAAAAAAUGGCUGAUGAAACAACCAGCAAGUUAAGUUAUAGACCAGUUUUCGUUCAAAAAAGGCAAUUAAUUCGACCAAUGUACAAAAGCAGGCUGAUGGCCGAAGGUUCAAUGCAAUCGACAACAACCAAUCGCAUUGAUUUUCAACCUAAAAUGCGUGAAAAACCUGAAAUUGUAAUUCCUUCUGAUAAUAUUCGUAAUUCGAACAAACCCUUCGAUGGUGUUACAACAUCUGCUAUGGCUUAUAUGAACCAUGGGCCUUUUUUGCCUCCUCAAAGCUUCAAACCAACUCGAGAAUAUCACAAAUCUCCAUCAAAACUGGAAGAUGAAACAGUGAAUAAAUUAUCAUACAAACCUUGGGGUGUGAAACCUCGAGAAGAUUAUUCGUGGGCUAGAAAAGCUUCAUACCAACCUCCCAAAGAACCAAUGAUUGGUGACUCAACUUAUCAUUCAAGUUUUGGUCCUCCAGGAUAUUUCAUUGAAGAAUGUGAAAAUAAAUAAUAACUAAAAUAUUAAGAUAAAUGUGAUGAAACAUUAAAUAGAAAAAAUUUUGAAUAA